AGGUCGGUCGGCCAUGGAGCAAGACAUGAGACCGAAGGAGUGUGUUGGUGUUAGGUUUCAUGUAAUGUUGUGUUAUAUUUGUUUUCUUUAGUUGUUUUCUUACGUUGGAGGGCAACGAAGUGCAACAAAAAUUCUAGGUGUUAGAAGAAUAACAAUGCGAACAUUUGUGUUAAACAAUAUAGCUAAUAAUCGAUAACUGACUAGCCAGCUAGCUUAACGUCAACGUUAACGUUUAAUGACAAGUCAAAUAGGCUAGCUUGCUAGUUAGCUAAAGGUGUUAUGAGAUAGGACACCUUUUUGAGACAGAAGACAUCAUUUGGCUCCCUGGCUAACUAACCUUUCAUCUGUUUUUUUCAUGUCUGCCAAGACAGUACCAGUCUCCGUCUGUCAGAUUACUUAUUUUAGAGGCUAGCUUUGACGUUAGCUCACACUGGGCCUUUGGUGUUACCAUUUCUUACUCCAAGAGUCUUCAAAAUAUCAAUGGAGAAAGAAGAAGCUGAAAGAUUAAUAGAGAAAGCCAAGCUAUGCUUGCGGUCUGGACGAAGAGAUAAGGCACUUCAGCUGCUUUAUGAAGCUCAGAAGACAUAUCCCACAACCAGAGCCAGAGUCCUAAUUGAUGCCAUUGCGGGAGAUGGUAGUGACAUGAACGGCCCUGAAGCUGAGCGCACAUUCACCCCACCACCUGGAUGGAGGGCAGCUGAUGUCAGCCCACAACAGGAAGAGUCCACUCAGGACAACAGCAGGGAGGGGACCAGUCAUGACAACAAGACUUACACAGAGGAGCAGCGUCAAGGAGUGCUCAGAAUAAAGAGAUGUAAAAACUUCUAUGAGAUCUUGGGUGUGUCAAAAGAGGCCUCAGAUGAAGACCUGAAGAAGGCUUAUCGGAAGCUGGCUCUGCGUUUCCACCCGGACAAGAACUGUGCCCCUGGAGCCACAGACGCUUUCAAAGCCAUUGGAAAUGCCUAUGCUGUUCUGAGCAACCCUGAGAAGAGGCAUCAGUAUGACCAGUAUGGAGAACAGGCGCCGACCGAGACCUCCAGCCAGUCCAGCGCUCACGCCCGCCACCCUGGCUUCAGCCGCACCUUCCACAGGGACUUUGAGGCAGACAUAUCUCCCGAGGAACUCUUCAACAUGUUCUUCGGAGGGAGGUUUCCAACAGGCAAUAUCCACGUGUACACCAACAGAGGAGCUUCCUACGCCCAUUUCUACCAGCCACAACGCCGGCGCAGAGGAUUUGAGCGAGCGCGUGAGGAGGUGGUGGUGGACGAGAACCAGAGUCAGAACACUUUCACGGCUUUUCUGCAGCUCCUGCCCGUACUGGUUCUGAUCCUGAUUUCCGUGGUUACCCAGAUGAUGGCCACAAACCCCCCGUAUAGUCUCUUCUAUAAACCGUCCAUAGGUUUGGUGGUGUCACGGGAGACACAGAACAUGGGUGUGCCCUACUAUGUGGAUAAAGCUUUUCAUAAGGAGUACCGUGGGCCUGCCCUGGAUGAACUAGAGAAGACUAUCGAGACUGACUACAUAGAACACCUACAAAGCAGCUGCUGGAAAGAAAAACAGCAAAAGUCGGACUUGGCCAACCUUGGCCAGCUGUACCGAGAUGAGAGGCUGAAGCAGAAGGCGGAGACGAUGAAGCUGGAGCACUGCGAUAAGCUGCACCGUUUCGUGGGCCGCCACCGAGGAGAAUGAGGCGGCUGCAUCUGCCCCCUCAGCACCACCCCAGGAGAAUCUGUCACGUUUUAUUUAUUUACUUUCUUUCGUUUAUUCUUUUUUUUUUUUUUCCUUGAAUUGUUUCAUCUGCGCCGGUCACUUUUUUGAACGCAUGCACCGCGACAGCAGUAGAUAGGAAGAACGGCACAUGUGCCUUCUGUUCUUCCACAGUAGGCGGUGCACAGACACACACACAUGUCCACUUCCGGAGCAAGUAGUUCAACCUGCCUGGCUAGGGCUGCAGAGAACCUGGCCUCUGUUCGGGGCUGUGUUUUUAAUAAUGUUGGCCGUUAAUUUUCCUUACAUUAAGGAAUUCAGGCUUAACUGACCCUAGGACUGCUGCUUUCUGUUCAUCACAUUUUUUGUCUUUGGUUAGGUUACAUGCCUGAGUUAGUGUUAGUAUUACUGUUUAUAGCAGAGGUUUAUAACUUAUUUAAUUUUAAUUUAACUUUAACUUUUUUUUUUUUGUCCUGUGCUGUGAAUUCAGUUAUUCAGUAUAGUCAAACCGUAUGGUAUGACCGUAGAGCAUAGCAAAUACAGAUUACUUUAUAUUUAGCUCAGAGGUACACAUAAAGCCAGAGCCACUGAAGUACAGUGAGAAAAGAAAUCUCGGUGAGAUAGUAACUUAUAAUAUUUAAAGACUAAUUUGAACAUAUUCUAGUAAUGGUUCAUCUAAGAGCCUAAAAUCCCUUUUUACUCCUGUGUGACCACUCUUUUGUUUUUAUGGUUCUUGUGCAAGGAGUACUUUGCCAAAAAAAAAAAGGAUACCAUAAUGUAGUAUUAUUAUUUUGUAAGCCAUAUCUGUGUUAAUUUCUGCACACUUCCACACCACUUAAACUCUUUGGUUAGUAAUGCAUGCAGCCAUCGGGAUCCCCUAUGUCCUGCUUGCUUGAUGACAUCCAAGCUCCGUUGCAGUGAGCACCACACAUUUAAUGAGAAAACCACAACUGUAACUCGCCUCUCCUUCCCAUUACUAAAAUGACUGUUAGAGGUCCCUUGUUCUGACCUCUCUAUGUCUGAACCUCCUGUUCUUGCCUGUAUGUAAAACCCUCUCACGUUUUUUUUUAUUAGUAUUAUUAUUAAUCUGAACUCAAAACGGAUAUAGCACAAAUGGAGGCAUAUGGAAUCUACUUCACAGCUGGGCCUGUUAGGUACUAACUAGGUACUAACUGGAGAAGAUGCCAGCUUACAAUAUUUCCCCCCCUCUUCCUGCUCAGGAACCAAACUGGUGUUCACUUUUGGUUAGUGCUGGGCAGGAGUUUGUGUUGAUUUAAUAAAAAGGUUACUCAAUCUCUAAUGA